UCUGCAUAUCUGGCUUUGCUCUCGCAGAUGUAUCACGGAUAUUAAAGCGAACCAUUUUUGUCAGGACUUUGAUUCCUCAGCCAAAAGGUUUGGGCAGGACAUUCUGAAUUCUCUUACAAAAAGGUCAUAUCAUUUUGAGGCAUUUGCUUUCGUUCAAGAUGAAGUCUUGUACACUAAUAAUCACCGCUUGUCUUCUGCCAGCAAUAUUGGCAGCUUCUGUCGAAAAGGCCAAAGAAAAUGAAGCUUUACUGCACCGGAUCGUCGAAAAGAAUGUUCCAUCUUCGUACAAGAAAGCUUACAACAUCUUGAUGAAAGCAAACGAAUUGCAAGCCAGGUCUCACAAUACGAACGAAGACGAAGAAAAUUUUCCUGGUGAUGGCCACGAUCACGAUGGCGUUGAUGAUAUGGUCACUUCGACCCCUGCAACAGACGAAGAAAAUUUUCCUGGUGAUGGCCACGAUCACGAUGGCGUUGAUGAUGUGGUCACUUCGACCCCUGCAACAGACGAAGAACAUUUUCCUGGUGAUGGCCACGAUCACAAUGGCCACGAUCACGAUGGCGUUGAUGAUGUGGUCACUUCGACCCCUGCAAAUAAAGAUGUCCUUCCUCCAAAAGAUCCACAGAUCAAGAUGCAAGUCUCAGAAAUUUUGGCAAAAACAAUCGGAGACGUAAAUGAUCGCCUCUUCAGCUUGGCCGAAAACAUCAAAAUGCUAACGAAUAAACAACACCUACUGAACGCGAGAUUGUCUGCCGUCGAGAAGUCGGUUGGAAAGGCCCUCAUUUCAGGAGUGAGUAGCAUCCACGGCCAGAAUCAGCCACUAACAGACCAAGCAAAACCCCAAGACCUAAACCAAGAAGACAAUCAAACAACAGCUCAACCAACGCAACCAACGCAACAAGAUGAGGGCGAUGAUAGUGGCAUAACUCAUCAACCCCUAAAUGUAACGACGGAUAACAUAGAAGAUGGAGUACAUACCGAGGGAACGACAACUCAGGUUGGGCAGGAGACUGCAAUGCCACCACAUACAUCCGCAAAUGUCAAAGGCGACCAAAAGCAACCAACUACAAUGGCACCACAUACCAAUGGGGACUCACAACCGCCUAGUGCUGACGGCGAAGUUGUCAUCAAGGCGAAACGGGAAUUUCUCGGUGACCAUCCGCGGUAUUCUUUUCGUGACGAUAAUCCUUUUGUUGGUGAUCGUCGUGGUGACGUUCUCGGUAGGCUUCGUGAUGGUCUUCCUCACCGACAAGUGGCCUCGCAGGUACCAGUCCUACCCCGUCAUAGGCGACGACUGGAUCAAAAGUGGUUCCAGAAAAAGGACGGAAUCGAGAAUUAAUCUUCCAACCUACACCUACGAUGGAUAUUAGCCCACCAACCGAGGAUCAUUUUCACCACCAAGUCUUUACCAGUCUGAAAUGGAAAGAAACAUGAAUAUCAUCCAGGAUUCUACAAAAUGCACCAUGGACAUCAUAUAUCGUUCAAAGAAAUAUUCUGAUGCACAGGACGAUUAUGAUUAAUUCACCCCCCCCCUUCGACACAUACAGUGUAUAAAUAAAGUGUAUCUUUGUACAGAUAAUCACUCUGAAAUAUCAGAGUUUAAAUAUUAUAUUUUUUGGAUACUAUGCCGAUUAGGUUUAUUUGUUUAAUGCUUUCUACGAAUCCUUUGCUGCAUGCGAGCUAUUAAAAACGUUCACUUGUAUUUUCAUUGAUGCGACUAUUACUUUGUUUGAUAACAAUGAUACGUUGACUUUAAUUUACAUAGAUUUAAUACAUGUAUUCAGCAUCUAAUGCAACCUUUAGAUUUGUUCGCUAAUGAUUAAGGUUAGUGCCAAAUAUCACAUGAUACAAAAUUAUUUUGAAUACAACCAA